AUGGAGCUUGAUCAUGGCGGACUAGUGAAGGAGGAAUAUCAAGAAAUWCGAGCGAUUUUUAACAAUGGWAGAGACCCCUGUGCUCUCACAAAUGUUGUUGUGGACCCUUUUGAGGAACUUGUUUGGGUUGGCAAUCAAUCGGGUCACAUAACAUCAUAUUAUGGUCUACAACUACAAAGAUACACAGCUUUUCAAGCUCACCACAGCGAAAUUAGACACAUGCURGCCGAUGACAGAGGAAUUUUGUCUUUAUCUUGCAACCAAUUACGUUAUGGCAAGAGGACAGGGAUACAAAUUUUUAGCCUGAGUCAGCCAAGCAUGUCUAACCUACAAUGCAUGCUACAAAGAGAUAAUAGCAAUUUGCUGUUAGCUGGACAUCAAGACCACAUGGUGGAGGUCGACUUGAAAACUGGUUCAGUCACUGGAGAGGUUGAAGUUGAUCCUGGUACUAAUGCCCAUGGAGGGAUGUGUACAGCUUUGGAUGUGUCCUCUAACUGUCAUACAAUGGCUUUUGGUGAUUCAAGUGGAUAUUURCACUUGUGGGGAGACACAAAAGUUGCUGAUCUGUGUUACAAUAAUUUUUCUAUACCAACUGAAUUUGCAACCGAGGUACCAAGGACGCAGCACCUGUCAAUUGAUGACUAUUCUGUACCUCUUUCAUCAUUUCCACUGCCAUAUUCAAAUGAACCUUUGUUCUCUAACUGGCCAUCAAAUAACUACAUCCGUGAAGACAGGAAUCCUAUUGCAAUAGACCCUGAGAUUCUACGUACCAUGGUAGUCAGACAUUUUAUUGGUUAUGCUCCAAAUCCUGGAAACAAAAGAAGAAACCAGUGGCCAUAUCAAAACAAACCAGGUCACUAUUCAGCUCAGAAUAGAAAAAAAGAUGAAAGUGAUGUUCCGGAGUCUCCAAUGAGCAGAGAUGAUGAUCCUUCUAUUCUAAUACCCAAGGCGUAUAGACGUGUAGAAAUGAAAUAUUCAAAAUUAGGACUKGAAGACUUUGACUUYGGACACUACAAUAAAACAAAAUUCGCAGGCUUAGAAAUCCAUAUCCCAAAUGCAUAUUGCAACGCUAUGUUGCAGGUGCUGUAUUUCCUGGAACCAUUACGAGUGAGUCUACAAAAYCAUAUCUGUAAGCGUGAAUUCUGCCUGGCAUGUGAACUAGGGUUCUUAUUCUACAUGUUGGAUCAGUCUACAGGUGCUCCAUGCCAGGCCAGUAAUUUUUUGAGAGCGUUCCGCACCAUUCCCCAGGCMUCAGCUCUCGGACUUGUGAUGAACGAUAUYGACGAGUCYGCUGGAAAUGCUAACUUUCCUCGMUUGAUCCAAAGCUGGAUACGUUUCGUUCUGCAACAGAGUCACCAGGAUACCUUAGAACCAAAAGUGGUCCCAGAAGGUAAACCUGAGGAACACCCUGAACAAGCUCCAGAGAAAGCAGAAAAUACGUCAGUAGUCGAAAGACUUUUUGGAGCUGAUGUUGAACAGUGGAACAAAUGCCGUUGUGGCAAGGACACUACUAGAAAGUCAUCGUCAUUGAUAUAUGACUUGGAAUAUCCACAGAUGCUAGGGAAGCCAGAGAACACAGCAGUUUCAUUCGAGUCSUUAAUCGAAUCUACGUUAUGCCGUGAACAAUCCAUGCAGGCAUGGUGCGAUAAAUGUGGUCGCUAUCAACCUACGGUUCAAACUCGUAAGGUAACCAGUUUACCAGACGUUUUGGCUUUCAACUGCCACGUAGACCAUCCAAAUGAAAGCGAUCUUUGGAAAACGCAACAAAAGCUUCUUAGCGUCCCUCAUCACGAAGAAAAACCAGUACAAACCACAAAACCUUGCAGAUAUGGCGAAAACUGUACAAGAGCAGGAUGCAAGUUCCGUCACGACGUUGUCAUAGUGGAGACGGAUGAAGACCCUAAGUCGUGGAUUCCUUUUGUAAUAAAAAUAGCAUCGUCUGACAAUGGUCAGCUGUUAGUAUCUAAAGUGGAAGAGGGCGAGAAUUGUAAGAAAGUCAAAUGUGGAGAAAACGAAGUGAUCUAUGACCUCCAUGCUACAGUAGGGUUUAUACAAGACCCUAAAGCAGGCGGGAACCUCGUGGCCCAUGUUCACGUUGGAACAACAUACCACAGUAGAAAAGAAGGCGUUACGUGUGAUCAGUGGUAUCUAUUUAACGACUUUGCMAUCACACCAAUAUCUCCGAUUGAAGCGGCUGUUUUUAACUUAGACUGGAAAUUACCUUGUAGUAUAAUGUACAUUAGAAGAGAUCUUAACAGCAGACAUGAUCUUAAAAUUCGGCAGACCAUCGAUGACAGUAUAUUGUUCAAAGACCAUUCCGUUUCCGAGAAACAGGGUCGUUCAAAAGCGUUCACACGUCUCACACCUGAUGAGCUACCAGGAGAAGGUGCUCUUGUUGCCCUUGAUGCUGAGUUUGUUACAUUAAAUCAGGAAGAAGCCGAGAUUAGAAGUGAUGGGACGAGAUCCACUAUWAAGCCAAGCCAAAUGAGCGCUGCUCGUAUCACUGUUAUACGAGGGGAGACUGGACCACUAGAGGGGGUACCAUUUAUUGAUGAUUACAUCUCUACUUCAGAACAGGUUGUUGACUAUCUUACCAAAUUUUCUGGAAUCAAACCUGGUGAUCUUGAUGCAACCAUGUCAUCGAAACACCUCACGACCCUCAAAACGACCUACCUCAAGAUACGAGCCUUGGCAGACCGCAAAGUCAAGUUUAUUGGUCACGGGCUGAAGAAGGACUUUCGCGUUAUAAACUUGAUGGUUCCAAAGGCACAGGUGUUUGAUACAGUAGAGCUCUUCCAUCUCCCAAGACAGAGAUAUCUUUCACUACGAUUCCUUGCUUGGUAUUUCCUAGGUCUUAACAUCCAAUCAGAGACACACGACAGUAUAGAAGACGCCUUAACAGCAUUGAAACUUUACCGUAAGUACGUCGAACUCACAGCCGAUAAGGAGCCGGCGGAGUUCAAGAAGGUCCUWAAACAACUUUAUGAAGACGGUAGGAAAUGUAACUGGAAAGUUGGUGGGAAUAAUGAAGACUGAUUGACUUAUUAUAACUCGUUUUAUAUSAAAACCAARAGAGUGACCGACCAAAGUAUUUACCCUAAUUAUUCGUACGUCCGUGACUGUAAAAAGAAGUGAAUGUAUAAARRGUCUUUCGGUUUGGAGGCCUUUAUUAUAACCAGAUAUAACGAAGUAUGUUACAGCUUUUUUUUAUAAAAACUUUAACUUCUAAAUUAAAACCCGAAGUGCAUUGUGGAUAAGAACCGAGGUGCAUUGUGGGUUCUCRCCUGUUCUUGAACGUUGAGAGAAGUGAAAUUAUCCCAUAAUGCAUUUCGGUCUUGGAGUUGCAUUUUAAAGAUUCAACGUAUUUAWAACUGCUGCAUUCGUGGACAUACUGUAAAUCCUAUACGUGUUUUAUAUCCACAUCCGAGUUUCUCUUACUAUAUAAGUCUAAUUAUGGUGUAAAUAGGUUCAUCAAGCCAUCAAGAAAAAUAAUAUAAAUAAACUAAAGUUAUAAAAAUAGUUGUAAGAUCCUAUAAAA